GACAGCACGGAUAUCAUCAGACACAUUUUUAAAACACAAACGAAAAAAAAAACACUUUCCCAAAUUUUCUCACAUAAAAAUCGGAUUCGGACCAACCAAACCCUAGACAGCUCCAUUAUCCUCAACUUUAUCACAGGUUUCAGCUCCAGAUUUUCAAAUAUUGUAAAAUAAUGUAAAAAUGAUACAGUCUCAAGGAUCCGAGCAUGAUCGCUACAUCGCUGGGUUCUCAGCAGCGUGAAUGCGUCGAUCUCAUCAAAUUUGGGCUCCGAUCCUUGUGGAUUCGAAGUUUCACAGGCUCGAUCUAAGAACUGAAGGCGUAUUAGGGGAAUGAUUGGGAUGUGAGUUGCAUGGGUUGAGGAUGCCAGAGUUGCGAAGUGGACCGCGGAGAUCAAAGCGGCUUGAUGAUCUUCAACCUUCGCCACAACCAGGGGAUCAAGCAGAAAAUUGGCUUCUGCCUGCUCAAAACAGACCCAGGAGGAGAGUUGGUGGUGGAAGAGGAAGGGGCUGUAAUGCUACGCCUCUAGCAAAAGGGCCUUCAGCAGCGAUAGCCACAAGGCCAGCGGCUGCCGGUAGAGGCAGGGGCAUUAGAUUGAUAGACUUAGAUCCAGAGCCUCCUUGUGAGGUUCAUCCAGAAGCUGGUGCUUUAGGUGUUGCAGAGCCUGCUUUUAAUCGAGUAGACGCCGUGGCAGAUAAAGAAAUUGCAAUGGAAGGUGGAAGUGCAGAGAAAAUUAUUGGAGCCGAGGAAGAAGCAAGCACCACUCCUGUCCCAGAGAGGGUACAAGUGGGUAAUUCUCCUAUAUACAAGAUAGAAAGGAAGUUAGGUAAGGGUGGUUUUGGUCAAGUGUAUGUUGGCAGAAGGGUAAGUGGUGGCACUGAAAGAACGGGACCUGAUGCGCUUGAGGUAGCAUUGAAGUUUGAGCACCGGAAUAGCAAAGGAUGCAAUUAUGGCCCUCCUUACGAGUGGCAAGUCUACAACACUCUAAAUGGUUGUUAUGGGAUUCCCUGGGUUCACUACAAGGGUCGCCAAGGAGAUUACUACAUUCUGGUCAUGGACAUGUUGGGGCCAAGUCUUUGGGAUCUUUGGAAUUCUGUAGGCCAGACGAUGUCACCAAAUAUGGUGGCUUGCAUUGCAGUAGAGGCAAUAUCAAUUCUCGAGAAGCUUCACAUGAAGGGGUUUGUGCAUGGAGAUGUGAAGCCAGAGAACUUUUUACUUGGUCAACCUGGAACUGCUGAUGAGAAGAAGCUAUUUCUUAUUGAUCUUGGUUUGGCCUCUAAAUGGAAAGACACCACAUCUGGUCAACAUGUUGAUUAUGAUCAGAGGCCUGACAUAUUCAGGGGAACAAUACGGUAUGCAAGUGUGCAUGCACAUUUAGGACGGACAGGAAGUAGAAGGGAUGAUCUCGAGUCACUAGCUUACACAUUAAUAUUUCUCAUUAAAGGAAGAUUACCAUGGCAGGGCUAUCAGGGAGACAACAAGAGUUUCCUUGUUUGUAAGAAAAAGAUGGCUACUUCACCAGAGUUGAUGUGUUGCUUUUGUCCUGCUCCAUUCAAACAGUUCCUUGAAGCUGUUACUAAUAUGAAAUUUGACGAGGAGCCAAAUUAUCCCAAGCUGAUAUCUCUUUUUGAGAACCUAAUUGAACCUGUACAAACGAGACCGAUUAGAAUUGAUGGAGCUCUUAAGGUUGGGCAAAAGCGGGGAAGAUUGCUCAUAAAUUUGGAAGAAGAUGAGCAGCCAAAGAAGAAAGUACGAUUAGGUAGCCCUGCGACCCAGUGGAUAUCAGUUUACAAUGCGCGUCGUCCCAUGAAGCAGAGAUAUCACUACAAUGUAGCAGACUCAAGGCUGCCUCAGCACGUAGAGAAGGGUAAUGAAGAUGGGUUACAUAUAAGCUGUGUGGCCUCUUCAUCAAAUCUUUGGGCCCUUAUUAUGGAUGCGGGAACAGGUUAUAGUUCCCAGGUCUAUGAACUAUCAGCUGUCUUCCUGCAUAAGGAUUGGAUUAUGGAACAGUGGGAAAAGAAUUACUACAUCAGCUCAAUAGCAGGGGCUGCUAAUGGGAGUUCUUUGGUUGUCAUGUCUAAAGGAACUCCUUAUACCCAGCAGUCAUACAAAGUGAGUGAAUCCUUUCCCUUUAAAUGGAUUAAUAAGAAGUGGAAAGAAGGUUUCCAUGUCACAUCUAUGACUACUGCUGGAAGUCGCUGGGGGGUGGUAAUGUCCAGGAACUCUGGAUAUACUGAUCAGGUUGUGGAGCUUGAUUUUCUGUAUCCAAGUGAAGGAAUACACCGGAGAUGGGAGUGUGGUUACCGGAUUACAUCUAUGGCUGCAACUAAUGACCAAGCAGCUUUCAUACUGAGCAUACCAAAACGUAAAAUGAUGGACGAAACUCAAGAAACCCUUCGUACCUCUGCCUUCCCAAGCACCCAUGUAAAGGAAAAAUGGUCCAAAAAUCUCUACAUUGCAGCAAUUUGUUAUGGGCGAACUGUUUGUUAAUUUGUGGAUUGUAUAUUUUUGUGAUUUUGGUGGAGAAUAUAUGAAGUAAAUUUUGAAAGCCAGGAGGGACUCUGAAGACACUUGGUUUUGGAAUGGAGGCCCUGGAAAAGAAAAUCCAGGUUGUUGUUUACAUGUAGAAUCCUGCUCACAUGAUGACUCUGUAAAAUGGAAAAGAAAAAAUGGAAGGCAAUAGAAUCAAGAGAGUUGGAAGGGGCGUGUAGCAUGAAACAAUCGGAGCCAGUGGUGGCAAAAGGGGUUUGAUGAGAAACAUAUAUAUUUUGAUAGUAAUCUGGCAAUUGCACCCAACUAAUGUUGAACUUGAUUACUCCCAUUGUGCUUGGAAUUAUUAUUAAUGGAAAACCAGAUUUUCCAUAUUUGAA